AUGGAGCGCAUCUUCGACGCCAAGAGGUGCCCGGAUGAGAGCAGGCUUGCUUUCACUGUCUACAUGCUCACUGGAGAGGCUGAGCAUUGGUGGGCCAGCAUGAAGCUAGUAAUGGAAGAGAGGCACGAGGAUAUCACAUGGAGAGCCUUCAAGAAGAGGUUCUUGUCUGAGUAUUUCCCUGAUAGCGUGAGGUACGCUAAGGAGGUAGAAUUUCUCCAGCUGACGCAGGGAAACAGGUCAGUGGCCGAGUAUACCGAGCAGUUCAAGCAUCUGGGACGUUUCUAUACCAUGCCACUAGAUGAGGAGUGGCGCUGCAGGAAGUUUGAGAACGGUCUCAGAGGGGACAUCCGCUUGAUGGUAGCUCCACUGUCCAUCAAGGACUUUGCGGCCUUGGUGGAAAAGGCCAGAGUCAUGGAGCGAAUGAAGGUAGAGAUGGAAGCUCAGCAGCAGCCACAACAGAGAGUUAGUGGACCAUCUGGGUCCAGGCUGAGGGUUGAAGAGAAGAGGAAGCCGUAUGCAAGGCCCCAUCCACAGCCACAGGGAUCUGGAGGUUCUUCUUUCCCGCCCAGCAGGAUACAGUGUUAUCAUUGCGGAGGACCGCAUGCGAAGAAUUUCUGCCCUCGGCUACCAGGUUUCCGCUGA